UUUGUUUAGGUGUGACGUCACGGGCGGUUGUGGCAGAUCCUUCAGAGCCUCGCGAGGAUGGCAACGGUGGCGGAUACUUUCGGAAUUCCUCUCAAAAAGGCUUCUGACAUUGAUGUCCUGAAGCCUCUCAAGAACCUGAUCACCUCGCGCUACCAGACUGCCGACCAGGAGAGCUAUGUGAGCGCCAUCAACGACUUGGCGCGGCUGAGGAGCUCGGCGGUGUGCAGGACUCUAGAUAACCAUGAAUCAUCCCUCGAGACUCUGUACAGGUACUAUGACCAGAUUGUUGCACUGGAGUCCAAGAUCCCUCCCUCUGAGAUACAGAUUCCUUUCAAGUGGAAAGAUGCCUUUGACAAAGGGUCUAUCUUUGGUGGCCGCAUCAGCCUUACGGUGGCCUCCCUUUCCUACGAGAAAGUAUGUGUGCUGUACAACAUUGCCGCACUGCAGAGCCAGGUUGCCGCGGCACAGAACUCAAACACAGAUGAGGCACUCAAGCUCAGUGCCAAAUUGUUUCAGAGUGCAGCUGGCAUCUUCCAGCACCUGAAGGGCAUCGUCCAUUCAGCAGUGCAGCAGGAGCCCACGCCAGACCUGCAGCCCGACACACUCACCGGCCUUGCUGCCCUGUGUGUGGCGCAGGCACAGGAGGUCAUCACCGUCAAGGCCAUCAAUGAUCGAAUGAAAGAUGCGAUUGUGGCCAAGCUGUGUUCUCAGUGUGAGGAACUCUAUGGUGAUGCCUUUAAGCACCUCCAGAGGGAGACACUGAGGGGCCUGUGGGAUCGGGAGUGGCUCCCUCGUGUGACGGGGAAACAGGCUGGUUAUCACGCCCUGGCCCUGUACCACCAGAGCAGAGUGUGCAACAGCAAGAAAAUUGUAGGUGAGGAGAUUGCCCGACUUAAGCAUGCUAUGGAGCUGUUCAAGAUCGCCCAGGCCCGCACUAGUGACCCGACUUUCUUCGAGGACAGUGCAGGCCGGGCACAGCGUGCGCACGAUGAUGCUGUGAAGGACAACAACUUUAUUUACCAUGAAGCUGUGCCAGAUUUCAAAGCCCUGCCAGGCGUGGACAAGGCAGCUGUGGCCAAGGCAACACCAAUGCCAGAGAGGUUUAGUGCCAGCUUUACAGACCUGUUUGAAAGCCUGGUACCAGUCAGCGUGCAGCAGGCCCUGGCGGCAUAUGACACUCGCAAGCAGGAGAUUGUCACCUCGGAGAUUGGCAAGCUGAGGGAGAGCACACAGCUUCUAAACUCCAUUUUGGCUUCCCUCAACCUCCCAGCAGCCAUUGAGGAUGUUGGUGGAGAGAAGGUGCCACAGUCCCUCCAUGAGAAGUCUGCCACAGUGGUCCAGGCUGGCGGCAUUGAGGCCCUGGACAAGAUGAUCAAGGACCUGCCAGAGCUUCUGACAAGGAACCGGGAAUUGCUGGAGGAGUGUGAGCGGCAGCUGACAGAGGAGCGAGACUCUGACAACCAGCUGCGGACCCAGUUCAAGGAGCGUUGGACCCGGACACCCUCCGACAAGCUCACAGGAACUUUCCAGACCAAUGCCCAGAAGUACAGAAAUGUCAUCGAGACUGCAGUGACGGCUGAUAGCACCAUCCGGGAGAAGUAUGACAAGCACAAGGAGGGGAUGGAUAUGUUGUCAGCCGGCCCAGAGAACCUGGCUGCCUCACUCCCUUCAGCUGGUGCCAGCAACAACGGUAGCAACCCGGCCAUCCAGAGGCUUCGGCAGCUCAUGGAGGACGUGGAGACCCUCAAGGCUGAGAGGGAUGCCAUAGAGUGUGAGCUGAAGAGUGCCGAUGCAGACAUGAGGGACGUUUUUCUCAGUGCCUUGGCCCAGGAUGGCACCAUCAACGAGGUUGCCAUAUCCACUGAGAGCCUGGGGCGCCUAUUUGGCCCACUGCAGAAACAGGUGAAAGAGAGUCUGGAGCGCCAAGAGGGCUUGGUGAAGAACAUUCAAGAGGCUCAUGGUGACUUCUGCAAGGCGGCGACAGGCGUUGGCGGCGAGCGUGAGGCUGUGCUUAUGAAAUUGGCUGGUGCCUAUGACACCUUCAAUGAGUUGCGCAGCAAUCUCACAGAGGGCACCAAGUUCUACAAUGAUCUCACACAGCUGCUGGUCAAUUUCCAAGGCAAAAUCAAUGACUUCUGCUUCGCUCGUCGCACUGAGAAGGAGGAGCUAAUGAGGGACCUAACACAGGGUCUGGCUAGUCUCAAGGUGGGUAAUGCCCCCAACACCCCUGCCCACCACCAGGAAGCAGCUGCUGCUGCUGCCAAGGCAGCUCCUCCCCGUCCUCCCCCACCCACUGUUCCUAAUCCAUACCAGGGUGCUCCCCAGGCAGCAGCCCCUCCGGCACAGCAAGCCAUGGCAGCCCCACCUGGCUCAGCCCCACCAGGGACUCCCCAGAUGUAUGGUGGCUCCCAUGCUCCCCCAGCACCCCAGCCAGGUGGUCUGCCUUACCCUGUGAAUCCAGCAGGAAUGCCAACACCCCAGGGGUAUGUGUACCAGAACUACCCUGUGUAUACACCCAUGCCCCAGGGCUACUACCCUUACUUCCAGCCCCAGCAGCACCCCCCUGCACAGCCAGGAUACCCACCAUACCCUCAGCAGCCUUACUCCAACUACCCUUACCCACCUCAGCCACAUCCUCCACAAUAGUGGACCAUUUGCUGCUAGACCCAAAUAAACCUUUUAGUCUUUUUUUUCUAUUUUCUUUUUAAUUGCUUUGUUUCUGCAUUAUUACUGCUGUGCAAAUAACUGGUCUGCAUGUUAGAUUGUACUGUCUGCAGUGUGAGAAGGUGCUGCUGCUGUGGCUGCUGUGUUUGUGGAUGCAGCCACAGGAUACUACUGUUCUGUCCUGUCUGUGCUGUGUAUUUCUAUUGAAGCAUUUUUGAUUUGAAAUAUGCUUCAGAUUUUCCCAUGAUUAUAUGUUUGUGUCUUUUUUUGUCCCCUUUUUAGGAAUAUCUUAAGCAAAUUUUAUACCAGUCUUUUGUAGCUGAAUAUAUUUUGUGAGGCCAUAGUCUUGAUUACAUUA